AUGAAGCCAGAAACUGAUUUAACUAGCACACACGCAUGCCGAAAAUGGUUCGGUGUUAUUUGGCUUUUUAUUGAAGUCAAUAUUGCAAGUGCAAACAUAUUUGGAUUCGCUGCGCUUUUUGGUGUCUUACCAAGUUAUGGUAUAUUUAGUGAAUAUUGUCAUUCAGUCGAAGCUGUAAAUUCGACAGAACUUGAUUGUUCACAACAAACUCAAAAAUAUCAAGAUGCAUUGACAUUAGGCAUUAUUUUUUUCAACAUUCCAUCAAUAUUUAUUGGAAUUAUAAUCGAUGCUUUUGGUUGUCGUUUUAUGAAAUUGAUUGGAGUGUAA